GACGGGGGGUCCUCCUCCUCCUUUCUUCAGCCCGUUCCUCACAGCCCCUACUCCGUUCAGUCAAAGCAGAAAGUAUGUCUGCUUCAGGUACUUCAGCUGAAAUUUUGGAUUGGUUCAGAGCCCAUAAAAUGGAGAUUUCUGCUGCAAUUAGAGACUUGUUUCCUUUUCUCUAUGACCUACGAGACAAGAAUAUAAUCUCUGAAGAAGAUUUUAAGAAUUGGCAAGAUAAGGUAACUGCAAAUCCAAAUGAUAUUCGAAGAGUGGUAUACUGUGUCCUUGAGAGCAUUCAGAGCAAUCUGUCAGCAAUAAAGGAAAUCUUCUGCAGCAGUAACCUGGCAGCAUAUCAAGACUUACGGCCACUAUACGAAAAUGGUAUAUCCUCUUGCCUAGAAAAUGGGACACAAGAGCAAAAUCUGGAUUUCCAGGGCACGACACUGCCCGUAACCUGUGGAACAGCACAAGGCAUUUUACAUACGGAUAUAUUCGCAACAGGAGUUUCAAGGAAAAGUAUUGAGGGUUCCAAUGGAACGUGGUUCACACCAGCACAAUUUGAGGCUGAAGGAGGACGUAAACAUUGGAAAUGGUGGAGAAGAAGUAUCCAAUGUGGAACGACUUCAUUAGACACAAUAAUAAAGAGAGGACAGCUACCUGAGCCACCACAAAAUCCCAAAAGGACAACGAUGUCUGAACAUGAUGAUGUAUGUAUUGUGUGUAAAAAAGAAGAUUCACUGAUAUGCUGCAGUUCAUGUCCCAGAUGCUUUCAUGAAGAUUGCCAUAUUCCGAAAAUAUCUGCUGAUAAAAGAAAUAGGUGGAAAUGCACAUUUUGCCAAUGUGAAAAAUCAGCAAGUGACCGUCCUCGUGAAGAGCACCUGGUUCUGAAAUGGCAGGUGCGUGGCAGGACAAUUGUGAAGUGCGAGUUCCUGCUUUUGGUGAUCUGGUGUCAGCCUCACAGUUUUCUUUUUGUUGACAAUCCAGCUACAAUACAAAAUUAUAAUGCCUCCGUAAAGAGACCCAUGUGGCUCAAGCGCAUAGCAGAGAAGUUGGAUAAAAAAACGUACAACACAGUGGGAGAUUUCGUAAGAGAUAUGCGCCUGAUGUUCAAAAAUUUCCAGAAGUUUUAUAAGGGCAAUGACAUGGUGGAAUAUGGAAGAGAACUGCAAGCUGAAUUUGAAAACAGCUUUCGGGGAGUGUUUUCUAUUCCGUAACAAAUUUCUUAAAUUUAUCGGUUUUCAGACAUGUGAGCCAGUUUCUCAGCUAACCAGCUUUCCAUGCAUUAUGUACAAAUUUGAUUUCUGUAAAAGUAAUACUUUAUGCCAAAUUUUAAAAAUGGUGCUUUAUAUAUGUAUAACUUCAUUUUUAUUACUCAGGAGGAUACAUAAUGCUACCUGCAUUCUUUAGGAUUUAGAAAUUGAAUUGUCAUGGGGAUUUUAGGUGGGUUUGCAGGAAGUACUGGGAAAAUUUAUUCUAUGUAUUCAAAUUAUUUGGCUAAAGAGUCAGAUUUAUAACAUGGCCAUAGCAAUGGUUUCUUCCAUUUCCUUGGCUUAAUCCAGUGCUUUUUUUCCUUAAAAAAAUG